AUGGCUUUUGCUGUGAAAAAAAAUACAGUUGAUAUUUUUGAAUCUAAAUUUCAAAUUACAUGUAAUUUGAGUUUAUCCUGUGGAGUUUCUUAUAAUACGUAUGCAGGAUACAAAUCUCAUAUUUAUCGUAAUCAUUUCGAUCAAUUACGUGUAUUGAAUGAUAAGAUUGAUGUUGUUGAACCGGCUUAUGUUAAUAAUAUUUUACCAUUUGGUCCAAUCAAUGAUACUAAUGAUUUUAACACAACGAAUGACGAAGAGGAUCACAUUGGUCCAAUUAAUUUACUUGACUCAAUUUUCAAUCAAAAUGACGAUUCUAUAUCUAUAUUGGAUAUUAAAAAAUCAUUUGCACUCUUCAUGUUGCAAUUGCGUGAAGAAUAUCUUGUACAGAAAACUACCAUUAAUUCCAUUUCAACUUAUAUUGUUACAUUACUGCAUCAUUUACAGUCUCUGUUUGAACAACAAAUUAUGCGUAAUGAUUUUAAUGCUACUGGAAAUAAUUUGUCAUCAAAACCAACAUCUGGUUCAACAAAAGCAUAUCUUGAUAUUGAUACUGCUAAGAAAACAAUUAAUGAAUUAUGUUAUGCAGUGGAAACUGUUAGUCGCAAUGAAUACCAGUUCCAACAAUUUUGUGAAGAACAUUUUUUUUAUCGUCCACCUAAAGAAAUUACUUUAUCAAAUCCUGGUGAAACAAAACAAGUUACUUAUUACGUUCCAAUUGAUGAAACAAUCAAAUCAAUUCUACAUAAUGAUCAUGUUAUUGAUCAAAUUCUUGACAAUAUAAAAUAUCAACAAGAAAAAGUUUUUAUUGACGAAGAUCUUAUGUUUUCGUUCUGCCAUGGACAUUUUGGAAAUCGAAUUGAUGAUAAUAGUUUAUUAAUUCAAUUAUAUAUAGACGAUAUUGGACUAACUAAUCCAAUUGACUGUAAAAAAGACAACCACAAAAUGUGUAUGGUUUAUUUUUCCCUGGAGAAUAUUCCAAAUGAACAUUGCUCUCAAUUAGAACAUAUUCAUCUUGUUGGAAUUUGUACAAGUGGAAUACUUAAGGAUGAUAUAAAAGCAAAACGCUUUUUCGAUCCAAUAAUUGAAAAUCUCAAUUAUUUACAACAACAUGGGCUGGUAAUCAAUGGUCGUUCAAUCAUGUUUUCUUUUUCCACCAUGGUGGCGGAUAACUUAGGAGCGCAUCAAAUUGGACGGUUUCAAUCUUCGUUCAGUAGUGGACAUAUUUGCCGGCGCUGUUUUAUCAAUCAUUCUGAUUUGCAUUUACCGAUGACACAGGCAAGACCAGAUAUUAGAACUAGUACUUACCAUGAUGCUUUAAUUAUUCAAAUCAAUUCAAAUUUUAAUAAAUCUCCCAUUAUGGGAGUAGUAGGACAAAGUCCUAUUUAUAAUCUUGAUGGCUUUCAUCCAAUCAUGUCUUUGCCAGCAGAUUUGAUGCACGAUUAUCUGGAAGGAAUCUGUCCUCGUGUUAUGAUGGGUUUACUCAAAGAAGCCUCAUCUAUGCGACUUCUUACUUAUUCGAAAAUUCAAGAGCGUAUGGAACAAUUUAUCUAUGGUCAUUUUGAUUCACGUGAUAAACCACCUGCAAUUCUUAUUAAACAUCUUCAAAAAAACAAAAUUACUGCAAGUGCAUCGCAAAAGUUAGGGCAGUGUCUACGAAUACUUCGUGAUUUAUCACAUGCUUUUCAUCUUUCAAUGAUACAACAUUUGCCACGACAAAUUGUACCCAAAGUUCAUUAUUGCACGGAAUAUGAUCAAGUAAUUAGUGACUAUGGUCCUGCAAUCAAACAAUGGUCAAUGCGUUAUGAAUCAUACCACUUUUACUUCAAAACAAUAGCACUUAGAACCAAUAAUUAUAAAAAUUUGCAAAAAACUUUGGCUACUCGUUAUCGAUUAAAACAAGCAUUUUCAUCAUUUAAGAUGACUCAACUUAAUCAUAAUGAUCAAGCUAUUAAAAUACAAAAAAUUAAAAAUAAUAUUUUUAAUAAUGAAAUGAAAUGUGCCAUAAUCAGUCACUUUGAUAUCUUUUUAAUUUUACAAAAUGAAAUUGAUGGUGAAACUCUUGAAAUGAUGGACAGUGUAGAUAAAGUGGCGAAGUUAAUUCCAAAGCUUAAGUAUCAACUAUUAUUUUUAAGAGAACGUGAAAAACUGUUCAAUUCAAAUAAUAAUGAAUCUCUCUCAAAUAAUGAUUCAUCAUCAGUUAUUUCAACAGAUCUUAAUUUUUCUUCGUUAUCUUCAUCGUCAGAUAAUAUUUCUAUGAAUACUACAUCAAAUAUAGAUAUUCAUGAUCAAACAUUAGAUGAAGUGUCGGUGAAAGAAAACAUCAAUUCGAUAUUUCCAGCUGAAUAUAUUAUUCCACAAUUACCACCAUCUUUAUUACAAGAUAUUGAAGCAGGUGCACUUCAUAAAUUUGGUCCACAUCAUGCUAAUCGUCAAGUUCUUAUUGAUGCAAUAACUUAUGAUUUAAUUAAUACAUAA